AUGCCCUCGCCAUUGUUCACGGUGCUGGUGGUCGUGUGGGUGGCAUGCGGCACAGCGAUAGCGGCGUGGCUGCUGUGGGAUCGGCACAAGCAGUACGAGGAUCACAGGGAGGAGGCGCUAGGCUUGUGGUGCAAGGAGCGCGCCCUCACGCUGCAGCAACUCGUUCUGGCCCACGCGGGGCAGAUACAGACUCUGGCGGGGUUAAUCUCUGUGAUGGGAACGCCAGGGCGGCCGGGCAAGUGGGACAUGGGGUGGUGUUUGAACUGCAACUUGUGGAUGUCGUAUCUCACUCGCACCGCUCAAACCCGCCCGGGGAACACCGGUGCGCUCGCGUGUACGGUGGUGCGCGAUGCAGAGAGGGCGGCCUUUGAGCGGGAAUACGGCAGCAUCAGAGACAACACGCUGAUUGUCAGCGCCCACCGCCCCAUCUACUGUGCCAAGGUCCUCGAGCUCACAACGCUGUGGGCCACCAACGGCCCCAGCAACAUCGACAUGUUUCAGCGAUUCUCCUGGGCCAUCCCAUUGGUGGAGGCAGGAAGGCACUUCUAUACCUGGCCCUACCCCCUCGCUAACCCGCUCACUCAUGCCGGAUUCGGUGUGGUCUUUCCUCUCUUUCGCAACCUCCCCACCAACCACUCGAAUCAGUCAGCAGCAGGGCGAGCAGUUUACGGGUCACUAGCUGCUUCCGUUGACGUGACUUACAUUGCUCAGAAGGUCCUAGAAGAGCUGUAUGCGCCUGACCCAUCCAAGUCCUUUGAGCUAUACGACAUCACCGAUCCAACCACUCUCUCCGCCAUCGUCUCUCCAGUCCCUCCCCACGCCUACUUCCGCCCCGACGACAAGCUCCCCUACAUGCACCCCUCCCCAGAGUCCGAAACUCGUCCCUGGGAGCAUCGAGCCGUGGUGCCUUUGGAGGAGAUGGGAGGGGGGGUGAGAAAGUACGAGGUCUGGUGCAGCGCGUGGCAGCAGUGGGGCAUCCCCAUCCUCAUCGCCCUCUUCGCCCUCCUCCUCGUGCUGCUCGUGCUGGUAGCGGCCUGCCUGCAGCGCUCCAAGUUCUACCAGACCCAGCAGCAGGUGGCAGAGGCAGACCGGCUGAGACGGGAGGCGGAGGGAGCAGAGGCGUCAAAGAGCAUGUUCGUGGCGUGCAUGUCUCACGAGCUGCGGACGCCCAUGGUCGGGAUCAUUGGGAUGAUUGACGCUCAAGCAGACAUGGGCCUGAACGCCUCUCAGCUAGCAGACCUGCUAAUGGCCGGGGCAUCGGCAAAAGAUGCACUGCAUCUGGUCAACCGCGUGUUGGACCUGGCGAAGCUGGAGGCAGGCAAGGCGGUGGUGGAUGAGGCGGUGAUUGACGUGCGGGAGUGGCUUAGUACCACUCUGGGUUGGCACGCAGAGGCGGCACAUUCCAAAGGCAUUGAGCUAGCAUCACUUUGUCCCAUGUAUCUUGCCUCAUUCUCGUGUCAAACUUCCACCCUCCUUCGUUCCCAUGCAGUGAGCGCCAUUGUGGGAGACGACUGCCCCACACAUGUCAUUGUGGACCCCAUGCAUCUCAGCACCAUGAUCAAGGAGAUCACAGGUGGGCCCGCGGAUAAGAGUGGUGAUGUGCGAUGA